CCUCCCCCCGGCCCCGCGCAGGCGGAAGCCGCGGCCGAGCUGGGCCGCCCGGCGCGACCCGCCGCGGCCCGCGCCUCUCCCGGUGCCGCUGGAGAGCGGUGCGGGAUGGCGGGGGGGCGGCCGGGGCUGGGCGCGGUGCUGGGCGCGGCGCUGCUGGCGAGGCUGGGCCUGGCGCUGUACGGCCUGCAGCAGGACGCGGCCAUGCGGGUGCGCUACACCGAUGUCGACUACCGGGUCUUCACCGACGCGGCGCGGCUGGUGACCGAGGGGCGGUCGCCCUACCGGCGGGCCACCUACCGCUACACGCCGCUCCUGGCUUGGCUCCUGACGCCCAACGUCUACCUGGCCGAGGUUUUCGGAAAGCUGCUCUUCGUGGCGGGGGACCUGGCGACCGGUGUCGUCGCCUACCGAGCGCUGCGGCUUCGAGGGGCCGCCGCUGGCCAGGCCUGCGGGUGCUGCGCCGCCGCCUGGCUCCUCAACCCGCUGCCCAUGGCCGUCUCCAGCCGGGGCAACGCCGAGGCCCUGGUCGCGCUGCUCGUGCUCGCCACCCUGUACUUCGUGGAGGCGGGCAGCGUGGGGAAGGCCGCAGCCUGCUACGGGCUGGCCGUGCACAUGAAAAUAUACCCGCUGACCUACGCACUGCCCAUAGCUCUGCACCUGCCGAGCAGACGGAGUGGUGGGGAAGGGGCACUGGGUAGGGGGCAUGGCAAAAAAGCAGAGUUCACGUUUGUAGGGUACCUCUGGCAGCUUUUCGUAAAGAUGCUGAACCGUGAUGUGCUGCUUUUUGGAGCAGUUGCUGGAUCUGUCCUGACUGCUCUGACCGUUGCAUUUUAUCACCUCUAUGGCUGGGAGUUUUUGGAGCAUGCCUACCUCUACCACCUGACCAGGAGAGAUAUCCGUCAUAACUUCUCCCCCUAUUUCUACAUGUUGUACUUAACUGCAGAGAGCAAAUGGAGUUUUGCCCUUGGGCUCGCAGCUUUCCUGCCCCAGCUGCUUUUGCUGCUGGUUGUGUCUAUAGCGUUUUACAGAGACCUUGCCUUCAGUUGUUUCCUACACACUGCUAUUUUUGUGAGUUUUAACAAAGUAUGCACAUCCCAGUACUUUGUCUGGUAUCUCUGCCUUUUGCCCCUGAUAAUGCCGAGUAUUAAGAUGUCCUGGCGUCGUGGUGUCCUGCUUCUCUUCUUGUGGUUUGUUGGACAAGGCCUGUGGCUCGCCCCUGCCUACUUCCUGGAGUUCAAAGGAUACAACACUUUUGUACUUAUAUGGUUGGCAGGUUUGCUUUUUCUGUGUAUUAAUAGCCUCAUAAUUGUUCAGAUUAUUUCACAUUAUCAAAAAGAAGCACAAGUUGGAAAAACACUGAAGCAACAGUAAGAAAUGGGCCAAAAUCCAGAAGCAGAAUUACUGUAUUUAGCAAGGCUUUUUAUACCACCAGUCUGAUGUAUGUGAAUGGUCGUUUGUCAGGGCUGUGAGGUCACUGAUGGGCCUUAAUUACCCUGAGCAGCCUCAGUCAUCCCCUGAGCAGUGUCUGCAGGUUCUGACAGUGCCAGUCACUUAUGUGAACCUUGAAACUGUUGAGAGCCUUGUCUUCUGAUGGAACUCCCUGAAAGGAUCUCGGACCAGUACCCUUGUCACGUUUAGGGCUCUGGUGGACCAGGACUCAGCUCUGCCUUCCGACUCCUGACAGGGUGUGACCACACCCUCAUCAGUGAGGGUCUGGCCUGUGACAGGGUCACCCUCAGCUCCCACUUGUGCCCUGGUGUGGAGCAACCCCAGUCUUACUUCCUGACACCCUUUUCUCAUUGUUCCUUUACUUUGUCCCUGACUUGUUGAUGACUGCGGUCUCUGCCUAGAAAAAUACAGGAAAAGUAUAAAGGAAUGCUGGAGUUUGGCAGUCUUGUACACUCCAGUAAGUGGGUGGGGUGCUCUGCAAAGGUUAAGCUAAUGAAUAAAUGUAAGGCAAUCAUUUAA